UCGCGAAACCGGAAGUUAAACUCCUCCUCGACGUUUCCCCGCAAUUCGUCCAUUUUCACGUAAAUCGCACAUGGUGAUACACAAAAUCUACAUUUUACACCGAUUUAGCGUCGACUAACACACACUUCUUUCGCCUGUUAAAUGCACGACACGGAGGAUAUGCCUGUUGAUGUCGAUUUCGACGAGGAUGAACCGUCGUUCAGUGACCCAGAAGACUUUGAAGAUGAUGUCGACGAUGAAGAGUUACUGGGUGACCUGCUGCGGGAGAAGCCCCAGGAGGCAGACGGGAUAGACUCUGUGGUUGUCGUGGACAAUGUGCCCCAGGUCGGCCCCGAGCGCCUGGAGAAACUGAAGAACGUCAUCCACAAGAUAUUCUCCAAGUUCGGCAAGAUCACCAACGAGUUCUACCCGACGGUAGACGGACCUGAAGGACUCACGAAGGGGUACAUCUUCCUGGAGUAUGGGGCUCCCACUCAGGCUCUGGAGGCAGUGAAGUUAACCUGUAGUUACAAGCAGCACACCUUCAGAGUCAAUGUGUUCACCGACUUCGACAAGUACAUGAGCAUCAGCGACGAGUGGGAGACUCCUGAGAAGCAGCCCUUCAAGGACUUUGGUAACAUGCGUCACUGGAUGGAGGACCCUGACUGUCGUGACCAGUACAGCGUCAUCUACGAAUCAGGAGAGAGGACCGCCAUCUUCAACAACGACGCCAAGGAUCCGAUCGUCUCCGAGGAGAGGGCGCGCUGGACAGAGACCUAUGUGCGCUGGUCUCCCAAGGGAACCUACCUGGCCACGUUCCACCAGCGAGGCAUUGCAUUGUGGGGCGGAGAGAAGUUCAAGCAGAUCCAGCGUUUCAGCCACCAGGGAGUGUCUCUGAUCGACUUCUCCCCCUGCGAGAGGUACGUGGUGACGUUCAGUCCCCUGAUGGACACUAAGGAGGACCCCCAGGCCAUCAUCAUCUGGGACAUUCUGACUGGCCAGAAGAAGAGAGGCUUCCACUGUGAGAGCUCCGCCCACUGGCCCAUCUUCAAGUGGAGUCACGAUGGGAAGUUCUUUGCCAGGAUGACCCAGGACACACUGAGCAUCUACGAGACCCCAUCCAUGGGCCUGUUGGAUAAGAAGAGUCUGAAGAUCAGUGGCAUCAAGGACUUCUCCUGGUCCCCAGGUGAUGACAUCAUAGCGGUGUGUGUAUCUAAUCCCCCCUCCCCUCUGCAGGGACUUCUCCUGGUCCCCAGGGACUUCUCCUGGUCCCCAGGGACUUCUCCUGGUCCCUGGCAGGCAGUUAACAUCAUCAGUCGUUCUGGGUCCCUUCAUCAGGACAAAGACAUCCCAGCCAGAGUGACUCUGAUGCAGCUUCCCUCCAGGCAGGAGAUCAGAGUUAGGAACCUCUUCAACGUGGUGGACUGUAAACUUCACUGGCAGAGACAGGGAGACUACCUCUGUUAUCUAGAACUCAGGUUAGUGAAGGGGGUGGAGAACAGAGACAGGGAGUCUGACCUCUGUGUCAAGGUGGACCGGACACCUAAAGGAACUCAGUAUGAACGGGGCCUGGCUUGUGGACACCCUGACUGCACCAUGAUGAACAUGGUUGAACACUACAUGGCCUCUGACGUCCAGUGGGACCUACGGACGAUACCUGGUGACCUCUGUGUCCUGGUGGAGCCCUGCCAGUCGAAGGCCUCCAGGGAGCUGGUGGACAAGAGGAGGAGCAUGAUGGAGGACUACCGUACCUACCGAGAGGCUGCCCUGCAGCAGCACCACGAACAGAAGACCGCCCGCCUGCAGCUACGAGGAGGAGUGGACACUGAUGAGCUGGACAGUAACACAGAUGACUGGGAGGAGGAGACCAUUGAGUUUUUUAUCAACGAAGAAAUCAUUCCCCUUGGAGAGUAGUCCCCUACGCAGGUCCAUUUUUGCGUGGGGACUAGAGGGGGGAGGGGCGUAUUG